CUUUCCCUUCUAUUUAUACUCAACACACCACACCACACCACCAAAACCCAAACCCCCCAUUUCCCAUUUCCCAUUUCCCAUUUCAACCUCCUUCUUAUUCCAAUGGCGAUGCCCAAGUUCGCUGCUCUCUUGCUCUUGGCUCUCAUUGCCAUUUCCAUGCUUCAGACUGCUGUCAUGGCCGGCAGGGGUGGUCGAAACAGGAACCCAUAUGGACCAGGAAGUGUCAAAGCCUUCCAAUGCCCAAAUCGAUGUGCCACACGGUGUGGAAGAACACAAUACCACAAGCCAUGCAUGUUUUUCUGCCAAAAGUGCUGCAGGAAGUGCUUGUGUGUGCCGCCUGGCUACUAUGGAAACAAAGCCGUUUGUCCUUGCUACAACAACUGGAAGACAAAGGAAGGAGGACCCAAAUGCCCUUAAAACAAUAACCCCACAAUUCUUUUCUCUUUUUGUUUUACCUUUUCUUUUGCAUUUUUCUGCUAACCCCAACUCUUUUGUUAUGAACUUGUAAGGGAGACGGGGUUGGGAAGAAAUUUGUGACUCAUUAGAUGGGAAGAAAUUUGUGACUCAUUAGGUGGGAAGAAAUUUGUUUCCUUUUAAGUCAUAUAGUGUAUUUUGGGUUACUUUAUCAUAAGUUUAUAAUAUUAAUAUAUGAGUAAUGAAAUGAAACAUCUUGUUUCUGUUUGAAGA